AUGCCGUCACCAACGAGGCAGCAGACGCCAACGUACAACGACUUCAUCGCCUUCAUGCACCAGAUGCAGAAGGAGCAGCAGGACGCCCGGAAGGACCAACAAAACUUCCAGAAGAACAUGGUCGACAUGAUCAAGACUCUGACAAGCAGCAACGUCUCCAGCCAAGCAUCCAGCCCCUCAAUCGACGUCUAUGGUCUGCUGAUGAACGAAAUAGAAUCGUUCAACUACGACGCUGACGGGACAUCGACCUUCGACGACUGGUUUAAGCGACAUGGCGUGACGAUCAACGAACGUGGCAAAUCGCUGACCAACGACAUCAAACGCAACCUCAUCGUCAACUACUUCAACUUUUUUUUUUCUUAUUUAAAUUGUAGAUCGAAGUGAACUCGUUGGGGUUCACACUGAUCUGUGAAUAA